AUGCCGGCCACAAAGCCGAAGAGUAGCAGCUCUAGCGACUCUGAGUCCGAGACGCCACCGAAGAAGACAACGAAGAAGGCAGCCUCCGUCUCACCCAAGAAGACAACAAAGACAGCUGCCAGCAAAGCAACCACCAAAGCGACCACCAAAACGACGGCGACCAAGAAACGCGAAAGCUCGCCCAAGCCCAAGAAGCGCGCGGCAUCGCCCGCGCGCGCAUCACCGAAGCCCAAGAAGCGUGCGCAGAAGGCUUCGCCUGAACCCAAGAAGCGCAAGGCAUCCCCGGAGCCCAAGAAGCGCAAGGCUUCCCCGGAGCCCAAGAAACGCCGCUCUCGGACGCCGGUGAAGAAAACCGUGACGAAGCGAAAGGAGGAGUCCUCUUCCUACCGGUCAGGCAGUUCCGACAGCCGAUCCCGCAGCCGGCCACCACCCAAAAGAAAGGCUCCACGGGAGGCGUCGCCCAAGGUCAAGGAGAAGGUAAGAAAGGAUGAGAAUGGCUCCAAGGCUCGGUCUGCGCCACAGGCCCGGAGCUUCCUUGGAGCGCUGAAAGCUGUGAAGGCCAAUCAGAAGGACAUGCCCAAGCCAACGGAGGAUUCAUGGGCCAAGGAUAAGCACAAGGAUGGCGAGGAGAAGGAGGAGGUUUGGGAUCCGACAAAGACCUGUGGUCAUCCAGAUUGUGGACUUCAGGUCUGUUCAGAUCGCCUGGUCAGCGAAUUUUUUUGCUGCGGCAAGUGCUCGACGGCUUUCUACAGCCACCAAAAGCCUCAGCAUGGCCAACGCUGCGAAGCCAAAACGCCCAAAAAGACGACGAAAGCCAAACCGCCUCCUGCAGAUCCAUCUGCUGGAGGAGGUAGCUGGAAAAAGAAGACGACUGCGAUGAGAUGGGGCAGCUACGGCAACGGCAGGAGCUAUGGCAAGGCGUGGAGCCAAUGGGAGCCGCCAGCGGAGUCCAAGGAGCAGACGAAGGGACUUCGGGCCUGGUCGGACGAUGACGAGCCACCGGUGAAAGGUACCAAUGCGGCCAAGAAGGCCCAGGAAAAGGAAGAGAAGGACAAGGACAAGGACAAGGGAGAGAAUUCCAACGCGUGGAGCAAGUGGAACAGUGGUGGCAACAGUGGCUACAGUGGCAACAGCGGCAACAGCGGCUGGAAAAAGUCAAAUAAUUGGUCCGACUGGUCUGGAGGCUGGAAGAGUUCUUGGUCCAAGGGCUGGGGCAAUUCCCAACGUGGCAGCGGCGGCGGCGGCGGCAUGGAGACAGUGUCCUUGGAGGAAGCGGAGGAACGAAGACAGAAGAGAUUGGAACGCUUCGGUGGUGAGACGUCGGUGAAGAAAUCUGACAAGGUGUGCCACAUCAACUGGAGCACCGACACCACCAAGACCGAAGAUGCUGAUGCUGGCGCCACGGAGAAGCCUGAGCCAGAGGCAGCGGAGGCAGCGGAGGCGGCCAAGAAAGAUCAGUCGGACGACGAACGCGCCAAGCAGAUUCGCACGGGUGAGCGGGCGCGAUCAGAAGACCAUGAGGAUGAUUGA